UACACUUUUUUUUUUCCUCUUUCGCGAACCAAAUCCGCGCUCCCUUAGCUUCAGAUCAUGUGCCAUUCUUGUCCUGUGGUUUCAGAUUUAGAUUUCAAUGGCGAAACUGUAUACUGAAUCUGAAACCAAUCCAAUUGUUAACCUUAUCAAUCUUAUUUCAUUACCAAACUCCACUACAGGGAAGCAGAUCUGCCCGACCUCGAUGACUGGGACGCCACCAAUCCAUCCGGCGCGCUAACGUGGACGUCAACAAUCCCCGGGACGCUUUCCGUUAAAAAACGUGCCUCCCUCGUCUGAACAUAUCUCCGUCGGCGGCUCGGGGGGGAAAGACAAUUCUUCCAUGAAAUUUUCCAUUAAAAAGAAGAAAGGGAAAGCGGAAGCCUUUUUCCUUCCGCCUUCAUAUUCAUCCUCAAAUCAAACACCCGACGUCACCGUCGGCUGUAGUUAGGCACGCAUACUCCCUCGCUCUUUCUCCCUCGACUUCCUUCCACCUGCUUAUAUUAUGGCUUUCUCUGCUACAGUCCAUGAUUCACAUCUCAAUAAGCGCCUCAAUCCCCAGCAGAAGGAUUCUUCUCAAUUCUUUUGAACUCAUUCUACAGUUAUGGGGCUGCCCAUCUCCGUUUGUGUGUUCGCGUUUUGCUUUUUGUUGCUGCCUCGUGUGUCGUCCUCUGCAUUCAUGGAGCCCACAGAGAGAGCUUCUCUGCUGUCCUUCAUGGCCGGGAUAACAGCCGACCCCGGAAACGUGCUCGCCGAUUGGAACUCUACCUUGCCCGUCUGCAAUUGGACUGGUGUUCGGUGUGGCCGUGAGGGCACUCGAGUUGCGGAACUCGAUCUCAGCGGCAAAUUGCUCCGGGGUACGAUCUCUCCGGCUCUGUCUAAUCUCUCCUUCCUCUUGAUCUUGGACCUGUCACGCAACGAGCUCUCUGGUUCAAUUCCCGUUGAGUUCUCUGCCUUGGCGAGCCUCCAGCAGCUAAGUCUGGCCUACAACCAUCUCGUUGGCGCCAUUCCUUCUCAGCUUGGGCAGCUUACUAGCUUGCAGUACUUGGACCUGAGCUACAACCAUUUCGACGGUCCGAUUCCCUUGCCGCUCUUCUGCAACACAAGCAAUCUGGAGUACAUUGAUCUCUCCAAUAAUUCUCUCGUGGGACAGAUUCCAUCUGCGAGUUCAUGCGACAUUGCCAAGCUAAGGUUCCUGCUUCUUUGGUCUAACCGGUUGACCGGCAGCCUUCCGUCCCUGCUUUCGAAUGCUUCGAGUCUGAAAUGGAUUGACGUCGAGUCGAAUUACCUGACCGGGGAUUUGCCUUCGGAGGUCGUAAGGGGAAUGGUUCAUCUGCAGAUCCUCUACCUGUCAUACAACAACUUUCAGAAGUCAGACCUCAAGCAGUUUGCCUUGUCUCUGGCAAAUUGCACAAGUCUCCAUGAAUUGGAACUAGCAGGAAAUGGUCUCGAAGGUGAAAUCCAUGACAUCGUUGGCUACUUGCCGACUAGCCUCACGCAGAUUCAUCUUGAAGAAAAUCACCUGCGCGGGUUUAUUCCUCCAAACAUAGCGGAUUUCGCCAAUCUAACGAUGCUCAAUCUCUCUAGCAACCUCUUGGCCGGCACAAUUCCAUCACAACUAAGCCUAAUGACCAAACUAGAAAGGGUCUGUCUGUCCAACAAUUCAUUGAGCGGUCCAAUUCCUUCAGGGUUAGGUGAAAUCCAGCAUCUGGGUCUCCUUGAUUUAUCAAGAAACCACCUUUCCGGAUCGAUCCCCGAUAGCCUGUGCCGGCUCUCCCAGCUCAGAAAAUUGCUUCUUCACGACAACCAACUGACCGGAACGAUACCGCCGAGUUUAGGCAACUGCACCAAUUUGGAAAUUCUAGACUUAUCCCACAACAGGAUUGGUGGGAGGAUUCCUAGAGAAAUUGCUGCUUUGGAAAGUCUGAAGUUAUACUUGAAUCUGUCAGGCAACUUCCUUGAGGGCACUUUGCCGUUGGAGUUGAGCAACAUGAACAUGGUACUGUCCAUAGAUUUAUCUUGCAAUAACCUCAGCGGUAUUAUUCCACCACAGCUGGGCAGCUGUAUUGCAAUGGAGUACCUCAAUCUUUCCUACAAUUCCUUCACAGGUCCACUGCCUCUUGUUCUUGGUGAGUUACCUUAUCUUCAAGUGCUGGACAUCUCUUCAAAUGGGUUUUCAGGUGAAAUCCCAGAGUCAUUGGAGAACUCAAAGACCCUCAACCAGCUGAACCUCUCGUUCAAUGGCUUGAAGGGUAGAGUACCAAGCGGAGGAAUUUUUGAAACCCUACCGCUCAGUUCGGUUAUGGGCAAUCCUUUACUAUGUGGGAGAAUACAUGGAAUGCGUCCAUGCAAAGGCAAAAGAUCACUCUCCAGGGGUUUUAUGCUCUUGCCUAUUGUCCUGGCACCCUUUAUUAUAUCCACGGUUGGGAUUUUCCUUUUCUCAAGAUCAGCAACUCCCCUGAGAAGAAAGUUCAGUUGUAAGAGAAACAUGUCCGUCAGGGACGACGAAGAUGAUUCGAUGCAGUUAACAGGCCACCGGUAUCCGAAGAUCUCUUACCGAGAGCUCGUCGAAGCUACGAACAAUUUCGACCGAUCCAACAUGGUUGGUUCCGGCAGAUUCGGCCGAGUGUACAAGGGAACCUCCAGAGAUGGAACUCCGAUUGCUGUAAAGGUUCUCGACUGCAAGGCUGUAGAGACCGUGAAGAGCUUCAAAAGAGAGUGUGAGGUUUUAAAGAGGACGCGGCACAGGAAUCUGAUUCGGACGAUAACGGCAUGUAGUCGGCCGGAUUUUAAGGCUCUGGUCCUUCCAUUAAUGAAAAACGGCAGCUUGGAGAAUUAUCUGCAUUCAAGUUCAAUAGGGAUGGAUUUAAUUCAAGUUUUGAGCAUCUGCAAUGACAUUGCAGAGGGAAUGGCUUACCUGCACCACCAUGCUCCAGCGCCGAUCGUUCAUUGCGAUCUGAAGCCAAGCAAUGUCCUUCUUAACGAAGACAUGACGGCGCACGUCGCGGAUUUCGGAGUCUCUCGGCUCAUUGUUGAUGGUGGUGAAGCGAUCACAAUGGCGCCGGAUUCUUUGUCCGGCUCUGUAACCGGCUUGCUGGUUGGAUCUAUCGGCUAUAUUGCCCCAGAGUAUGGUAUGGGGAAACAAGCUUCUAGAGAAGGAGACGUGUACAGCUUCGGGAUUCUGCUUUUGGAGAUGAUCACUAGAAGGAGGCCUACGGACGUGAUGUUCCAGGAGGGACAGACGUUGCAGGACUGGGUUCGGGAACACUACUCUGCGGAGAUGGAGCCCUUCGCAAAGGACUUCUUUGCGGUGGCACCGCCCACUAAGGACUCGGGCGACGGCACUGCGGAGGCGUGGUGGCACACCACCAUGGAGUUGGUGGAGCUUGGGCUGAUGUGCACCGAAACAUCGCCCUCCAAGAGGCCCACCAUGAUCCAUGUUGCAGAUGAACUGGGCAGGCUGAAGGAGUUCCUUCAACACAAGAUCAUUUCUUCUAGAAACUAACAUCUUGACAGAUCACCCUCAAUAAACAAUUCUCUGUUUUUUUUUUAAAUGGAGAAGAAGAGUGUAGAUAGAGAGAUGGUUAGGCCAAAUUUGUUGAAGUGGCCUUGCUUUAGGCCACUGUUUGGUGAAUGCUUUAUGCUUUUAUGAGCA